UAACGGGAUGAAAUAAUAUUUUCAAAAUUCACCGGCUUUUGUUGAUUUUCACCCAAUUACAACACAACCUCUGCGGUAACAAUAUAAAAAAAACAUUCUUGGCUAACUUCAUGCCGUCCGAUAUAAUUGAAAGAUAAGAAAAAAAAACAGUUGGACGCUCAUUUAACAGUGGCAUUCGAAUCUGGCAAAAUCGAACGACAGAAGAAAAAUUGGCUCUUCACGAUGUAAAAUGAAACGGAGUAGCGUUUGACAUUAAAUGUCUUAUUUCUAUAUAAGUAACAAUUUUUUUAUAAUAUUUUCGUGAUACUCCGUUUAUUUGUCUCGGAGGUUAUAUUUAACCGGAAGUAAUAUUUUUUCUCUGCCUUAAUUACAUUUAUCAGACUUUCGGCAAACUAUUGCUCUAUUGCAUUUGAAAAAAAUACUCAAGUAAAAAUGUCACACACUGAAUCCUGUCGUGAUCGUCAAGAGAAUGAACUCGAAGUUCUGAAGUCCAUUUUCGGUGACGAAUUAAAAGAUCUGCGAAAAAACAAGCAGAAAAAAAAAUGGCAGCCGCUGGAAAUUUUGAUUACAUUGAUACCGCAACAAGGCAUGUCAGGACCUGUUGAAGUUUAUGCACAAAUUGAUCUCCAUAUAUUCUGCGACGACAAAUAUCCUGUGGAAGUUCCAACUAUCAAGUUCAAAAACAGUAGAGGAUUGUCCAACGAACAAAUAGCAGUUUUGGUCUCAGAAACAGAACGUCUUGCGGAUCAGUUGAAAGGGGAAGUCAUGAUAUUCGAAUUGGCUCAACAUGUUCAAAAAUUUCUUCACAAGCACAACAAACCUGGCUACAGUAGUUUUUACGAAGAAAUGGUUUCCAGACAUAGGGAACAGUUGCAAAGUGAGCUCGAAAAGAAACAAUUGAUCGAAGACAAAGAGAGACAGGUGCUGCAGGAUGAAAUACAAAAACGUCAAGAGGCAUUAAAGGCUGAGUUACGAGAUCGUCGAGAAAUGGUUCGUUUAUCAAUGGAAUCGCGAACGCUGUCGCAGUCGAUACCAUCGUCACCGCAUGAGCGUGUGCGAACAUAUUCUCGGAGACGUUGUAUGAGUACGUCUGAAAGUUCUGAAGGCUCCUUAUGUGAGCAUCGCGGUACUAAACUCAUUCACUUCGACAACAGCAGAGGUGAGAGACAAGUGCAUCGUGGAAAAUGUCUUGGUCACAGUACAAAGGGCUCAAUCGUUUAUGCCGGCGUUGAUAUGACAACUGGCGAAUUAUUGGCUAUUUCCGAAUGGUCCCUAAAGUGUGGGACCACCGGCACCAGCCUUGAGGGCGAAACUACCGAUUUGCAACACUCGAUGAAACAAAUUGGAAGCAUUGAACAAGAACUGAAUCAUCUUCACAAACUUCACCAUCCCAAUAUUGUUCAUUAUCUAAAUAUGAAGUAUCUUCAAAAUAAGGACAGCAUCAUUAUCUAUAUUUUACAGGAAUUCGUCGUCGGAACGACAUGCAGCUUUUUCUUAUCGGAUAAUAUUCCCGUAGCGGCUGAUAUGCUAAGGCACAUAGCGUCUGGUGUUCUCGACGCUUUAUUAUAUCUCCACGACAAUAACAUCGUGCAUCGUGAUCUGAGGGAUACGAGUGUUCACAUUGAUACAACGGGAGUCGUAAAAGUUUCCGAUUUUUCACUUAACAAACGUCUCUCAGACAUUUAUCGGUCGAGCUGUUUGGCUAAAGCCGAGCACGAUUUUCCUACGAUACAAGGGAGAGGCGGAAAAAAAACUGACAUAUACAGAUUCGGUAUACUUCUGGUGUCGUUGUUCCGAGGAGCUCUUAUUUCGGAAAAUGAUACCGGUUGGGAUUUGAAUAUGCAGCCCGACUUGAAAGACUUUCUUUCGAAAUGUUUGAACAGUAACGAAAGAUCUCGUUGGUCCGCGGAACAAUUAUUACAACACUGUUUUAUUCGAACUCCGUUGGACCAUGGAAUGUCGCCAGCUCGGGUGGAUCGUAACAAAGAGCAGGACAUUUCGGAACCGGAAGAGCCAGCCUCGGACAUACAUUUUCACUUGGUUCCAGCCUUAGGUGGACAAUCGCGAAUUCAAAAUGAAUUCGAGAUUCUUAAGUGGUUAGGAAAAGGAGCGUUUGGCGAUGUUUUCAAAGUUCGCAACAAAUUGGAUGGCGGUGUAUACGCGAUAAAGCGAAUUGAAUUAAAUCCGAAGAAUCGUCAACUCAACCGAAAGAUAACGCGCGAAGUUAAAUUGCUAUCACGAUUGAAUCACGAGAAUGUCGUUAGAUAUUACAAUUCGUGGAUCGAAAGCGCAACAUUGGAUGAUCCUGCGAGGCACAGCAGUUUAACACCUGCUGUUACACCGACCACCACAACAGACCAACACGAUAAUGAUGAUCGACUGAAUGCUGAUAUAGAGAACCUUGCGCCUCCGAUGCAUGAUGUCGAAUGGAGUAUUUCGUAUGAAUCCCGUGCCAGCGCUGCUCAGUCGGCCAAUAGCGAGGAAGACACCAGCGAUGAAAGCUCCACUAGCUCUGACAGUGACGAAGAUUGGGCUUUUCUAAUGCGAACAAGAAUAGACAGCUCGGAUAGUGUGGAAUUCGAAAGAGAUUGCAUAUCGCAGACGUCAGAUUCGGAUAAAGAAUUGCGAGGUACAGCAGAGAAAAAUGUGACCGCAAAGAAUGAAUGCCAGUUGGGCAAUGAGAUACAAUUUAUGUACAUACAAAUGGAAUUUUGUGAGAAAAGCACCUUGAGAACAGCUAUAGAUAAUGGAUUGUAUGAGGAUGAGGAACGUUUGUGGCGUUUGUUUCGAGAAAUGGUUGACGGAUUGGCUCACAUACAUCAACAGGGAAUGAUUCAUCGUGAUCUCAAACCUGUAAAUAUUUUUCUUGACAGCAACGAUCAUGUGAAAAUCGGUGAUUUUGGUCUGGCUACAACGAAUAUACUUUCGUCCCUAACUCACCAAAGUAUGGACAUCGAAAAGGAAAUUUUGUUGAGUGAUAAAGUAACGAGUUUCGAUAUGGAAGACGUCGGUUCGUUGACGGGACAAGUCGGCACUGCACUGUAUGUGGCACCAGAGCUCAGUACUAAAGCUGCCAAAGCUAUUUACAAUCAAAAAGUGGAUAUUUAUAGUUUGGGAAUAAUUCUUUUCGAAAUGUGCUACAAGCCUCUGAAUACUGGCAUGGAAAGAGUGAAAAUUUUGUUGAAUCUACGCUGCAAAGAAAUCAUUCUUCCUGAUGACAUGACAGAAACCGAGAUGCCUCAUCAAGUUCAUCUUUUACGAUGGUUGUUGAACCACGAUCCGAGUCAACGUCCCACGGCCCAAGAAUUACUCGCUUCAGAAUAUUUGCCACCGCCUCAACUAGAAGAAGCAGAACUUCAAGAAAUGGUCCGUCAUACAUUGUCUAACAGUCAGAGCAAAGCUUACAAGUAUCUUGUUGCUUGUUGCUUCGACCAACAAGUUACUCCUGCGGAAGACAUUACUUAUGAUAUGAAUUUGCCAUCGAGAGGAAUCGCGAAUUCUCUGUCAGCGAAGAGUCAAUUUAUCCAAGAAAACGUGAGGACAAAAGUCGUUGAAGUUUUUCGUCGCCACGGUGGCGUUAAUUUGGCAACGCCUCUCUUAAUGCCGAAGUCAGGACAGUUGUACAACCUAACGGACUCUUGCGUUAAAUUAAUGACUCGAGCGGGUAGUAUCGUUUCCGUUCCUCACGAUCUUAGGGCUCCGUUCGCCCGAUACACCGCUUGGAACAACAUCACAAAUCUUCGGCGUUAUGCCAUUGAGCGAGUUUAUCGAGAAAAGAAGGUUCACGGAUUUCAUCCUCGCGAACUUUACGAAUGUGCCUUCGACAUAAUAAGCUCGGCGCCCAACAAUCUCAUGAUGGAAGCGGAAUUAAUUUGUAUAGCUUGGGAAAUAUUCAGUGAAAUUCCGGAAUUGCGUGAUCGAAAUUUCACCGUACGCAUCAAUCACACGUCUCUGUUACAAGCGGUACUAAUGUACUGCGGGAUUGAGCGUGAAAAAUAUCAAGACAUAUUUUCUAUUCUUUGCGACGCGAGGGACGGCAAAUUUUCGAAAUUCCAAGUGCAGACCCAUCUAAUAAGUUUGUGUCUGACUGAUCAAGCUAUGGAAACACUUUUCAAUCUAUUUGAAACUGAGAGCUCGGUGGCGAAAAUAGCGAGUGUUUUGCGAACGAUAACGAGGCGAAAAGGCGAUGCGGCUGCGUUGGCGAAGGAAGGAUUGCGGGAAAUGGAAAUUGUCAUUGCAAACGCGGAAGCUUUGGGAGUCAAGUGGCCCAUUACCGUCGUGCCACUUUUGGUUUACAAUACGCAGCAGCACAGCGGCGUAACUUUUCAGAUAACUUGCGAGUCGAAGAGACGUCGAAAAAAAGGAGGUCAGGAAGUAAUAGCUGCUGGAGGACGCUACGACAACAUGUUAAAAUCGUUACGUCGAGUAUUGGAAAGAACAGGUUUGGCGAGUAACGAAGUGAAACAAUAUGGUGCCGGCAUAAGUAUUUCAUUGGACAAGCUCGUGGGCAUCGUUGCCGAGACGACGAAAGAAUUUUUGGAGGGAAAAUUUGGCAUCGACGUAGCCGUUUGUUGUGUCGAUGGUUUGCCAAAGCGUGAGAGAGAAAUGGCCGAUGUUCUACGUGAAUUGUGGACCCUCGGACUACGAAUAACGACAUUGGAUCUUUCAACCACCGAGGAAGUUCUCGAAUAUUGCCGUGAGAACUCCAUAACUCACGUGGUUAUGCUUAAAUGUGGAGAAAAGGGCAAUCUUCGUGUACAAACGUGGGAACGAGACAGAUACCAAGAACGAAAAAUUCAUUCGAUCGACGUAUUGGAUUAUCUGCAAAGACAAACAGAAAAUGUACUGCCCGCACUAAACAGAUCUGAGAGUAAAAUAAGCACCAACAACGAAGCCCCCGUUGUCACUUCGCAUAAUCCGGUAAACGUUAAUAUCAAUUUCGUACUUUCCGAGAGGGAUAAAAUCUCUGGGAGUGGACGAAGAAGCUUCAAAAAUACUAUUCUCGCUCAAAUGACAUCGUGCCUACAAAGAAUAUCUCACAAAGUCACUAUCGAGGUCUUCGCAGUUUUCCUUGAAAUUUCUGUCAUACGCACUAUGGUCAGCAUGCUCGAGAUCGAUGAAAAGGAGCAAGACUUUGAAAAAAGCAUUCAAUUAGUUAUCGACAAGCAUCCACGACACAAGAAAUACAUUAUACAAAUUUGUGAGGAAAUGAGCGACAUUCGUAACGAAAAACAACGGCCAGUGGUUGGUCUCUACAGUCUCGUUGACAACCGAUAUAUUAUUUUAAUGUAAAUUCAUCAUUUAUACAGAAAUAUGUACAAAAACUAAAAUCACUCUGAAGUAUACACACUUAUAUAUAUUUUCAAAA